CUGUGGUGAAUGAGAUUGAAGAAGAGUUCUUGUUUUGUAUCUCAGUUUCUCUCUUUUUUACACACACAAAUUAAAAUUAAACAAACAAAAAAUAAGGUCGUUAACCUAGCUAAAUUCAGCCCAGAGCACCACUACAGCUAUGUGAGGGAUCGGAUCGGACCGAGAUCUCGGAGUGUUUGUAAAUAUUUAUUUAAAUAAUUUGUGGGGAGAGAGAGGCACUACUGCUCAAGUGAGUAGAGGAGGACAGCCUGAAAGUUUCCUGGGACUCUCUUUCUGGUGAACUGGAUCAAUGAUGGAAUUGCAAACAUUACAGGAGGCCCUGAAAGUGGAAAUACAAGUCCAUCAGAAACUUGUUUCCCAAAUGAAGCAGGAUCCACAGAACGCAGAUCUGAAGAAACAACUUCACGAGCUCCAAGCGAAAAUCACAGCUCUGAGUGAGAAACAGAAGACUCUCACCGUGACACCGGUCAUAACUGCAAAGACUCUACCUCUCAUGCUGAAAGCUGCCACCUCCACCAUGCCUGCUUCCAUGGCAACACAACGCCCUACAGUCGCCAUGGUCACUGCCAUCAGCAACCCCCCGAGACCCGGCGCCAAUUCCGACUCCCAGAGCACACCAAUCAACCUUCAGGUGGCCAGCAAGCUACCCAAUCAGGAUACAGAUGCGGGCACACGGAUUGUGUCCAAGAAUGUUAUCGUCGUGCAGGCCACCACCACCUCUGCCCAGCCUAUCAGAGUUCCCCAGUUUGUCCCUCCUCCUAGAUUGACGCCUCGACCCACCUUUCAGCCACAGGUUCGACCAAAACCCCCCACGCCCAUCAAUGUGCCCAUCGCUCCAGCUCCUCCUCCCAUGGUCGCGGCUCCUCUAAUCCAGCGGCCCCUGAUGCUCACCACCAAGCUGAUGUCAUCUCUGCCUGCCUCUGCUGGGCCCAUUCAUCAGGUGCACAUCGUGAACGGACAACAGUGUGCCACCAUUGACAAGACCACGACUGCAGUCACGAGUGGCACCACGCAAGUCACAGGCAUUGUCAUCAGUCCUGCCCAGACACUUCAGAUCAGCAACCUUAACUCAGACUUGAAGACUGUGAAACCACAGGGAGGACCAGAACAGGUGGUCACGAGUACACCACCCUCAUCCUCUCCUCCAGCUAAAGUCAAACGUGAGGAGAGCCCACAGAAGCUUGCCUUUAUGGUGUCUCUUGGGUUGGUGACACAUGACCAUCUUGAAGAGAUUCAGAGCAGAAGACAAGAACGUAAGAGGAGAACAACAGCCAACCCAGUGUACAGUGGAGCAGUGUUUGAACCUGAGAGGAAAAAGAAUGCUGUCACUUACUUGAACACUCCACUGCAUCAAGGCACCAGGAAGAGAGGUCGCCCUCCCAAAUACAGCACCACCACCAGCAGCACAGCGGUGCCGGAGCUGGGCUGCAACCCCCUGCUCUCCCCCACCAGCAGCCUUCCCGCCUCCCCAGCCCCUGAGCGGCCUGACACAGGGGGCUUUCCCCUCUCUGUCCACCCUCAUUCUGUCCCCCAGCCCAGCCCCAGCUCCGGGGAUGGAGACAUCCAUGAGGAUUUCUGCACUGUGUGCAGACGCAGUGGACAGUUGCUCAUGUGUGACACAUGUUCGCGCGUCUACCACCUCGACUGCUUGGACCCACCCCUCAAAAACAUUCCCAAAGGCAUGUGGAUCUGUCCUAAAUGUCAAGACCAGAUUCUGAAGAAGGAAGAGGCCAUUCCAUGGCCAGGAACCCUAGCAAUCGUCCAUUCCUACAUUGCUUACAAAGAAGCGAAAGAAGAAGAGAAGCAGAAGUUAAUGAAAUGGAGUGCCGAACUAAAGCUGGAACGAGAGCAACUAGAACAGAGAGUGAAACAGCUCAGCAACUCUGUAACAAAAUGCAUGGAGACCAAGAACAGCAUACUUGCCCGUCAGAAGGAGAUGCAGGUCUCUCUGGACAAGGUAAAACACCUGGUCCGCCUCAUCCAGAGCUUUAACUUGAUUCAGCCCAUGGAGACGGACAUCCUACAGGAUUCUAAACAGGACUUCACAGAGUUAGGGAGCAUCAAAGACUCAAAGGAUGCUACAAAAAUGUGUGUGCAGGAGAGUCCCACCGAGCCUAGCGUGCAAGUACCAGUCGCCGUAGCAGUUCCCGAAGUGAAGGCAGAGCCAGAGGUGGGCGAAAUGGCAGAGCCAGCGACCGCAGUCACACCUGAGGCUGCGUCAGGUGAAUCGGGAGUUAGUGUCCCGGAAGUUCCCAAAACCACAGUUGGCGAGGAGAUGAUAGAUACAGCAAAAAUGGCGGAGCCUGUGGAAUCGCCUCAGGCCAGGGACGUAAAGACUAAUGGAGGAAUGGACUGUGUUUGUACCGGCUUGAACCCAGAAGAAGAGAAGGGUGCUGUCGAUGCCGCAGACUCGGCGGACUCUGAGAACAUCCCUCCCAAUGACAGCAGUUGUGUAGCGGAUGCUGGGAAGAUGGAAGUAGAGCUGCAGGAAGAUGGAAGUCAUGGCGUGAACACCAACAACGGCAAAACCUCAGAACCUUCUCAGCAGGCUUUGCCAGCCCCUCUAAGCAGCGUGGAUAACCCCAAAUAGUUCUCAGUCUCACACUAAACACACAUCACCAAAACAUUUAAACAGAUUUCCUAUUGCACCUUGGACUGGUGCACAAAGUUGCCAAUCUAUAAAACUGUCAACAGUACUUCUACAUCCAAGGCAAACUAGUCUUGGUUCUUGUAGACUAAUAGAGCCCAAACUUCUGGGUGAAAAGGGUGAUUUACAAAAGAGU